CCCCUCACUGCUGAAACCCAAUCCUCUGCGGCAGCUCAGGCUCAGCAGAGCAGCCUCCAGCAGAGCGGUCCUGCUUCCGCAUCGCUGCGCGCCACCUGGUCUUUGCUGCGGAGCCCCCAGCCCAGCGCCGAGCCUAGCAGAGCCUCAGCCUGUGCCUGGAGAAAGUCAAGCUGGACCAGCCAGGCCACCACAUCCAAUCCCGCCAGGCCAGUGCCUCCCCACCUCGGUCUGGGCUCCUCUCCUCCACCUUCUCCUCUCCUCACCUCACCUGCAGUGACCCCUGCCUGGCCACCAGAAUCCUCUCAGCCCCUCCUGGUCCUCAGACUGACCUUCUCUCUUCUAAGCCCCUGCAGUCUGGUCACCACCCCCAGCCCUCUUAGUCCCCUCACCUUGGGCUCCAGCCAUGAAGCCCCCUUCAGGGCCAGCGGAGGCCCGGCAGCCGGCCUCGGACAUCCGCAUGUUCGCCAGCAGCUGCACACUGCACGGGCUGGGCCAUGUCUUUGGCCCUGGGGGCCUGACCCCGCGCCGGGGGCUGUGGGCUGCGGCUGUGCUCCUGUCGCUGGCUGCCUUUCUCUACCAGGUGGCUGAGAGAGUGCGCUACUACGGGGAGUUCCACCACGAGACAGCCCUGGACGAGUGCGAAAGCCACCGGCUCACCUUCCCGGCAGUCACCCUGUGCAACAUCAACCCGCUGCGCCGCUCGCGCCUCACACCCAACGACCUGCACUGGGCCGGGCCCACGCUGCUGGGCCUGGAGCCUGCCGAGCACGCCGCCUUCCUGCGCGCCCUGGGCCGGCCCCCCGCACCCCCCGGCUUCAUGCCCAGUCCCACCUUCAACACGGCCCGACUCUAUGCCCGGGCUGGGCAUGCCCUUGAGGACAUGCUGUUGGACUGCCGCUACCGCGGCCAACCGUGUGGGCCUGAGAACUUCACCUCGAUCUUCACCCGGAUGGGGCUGUGCUACACCUUUAACUCCGGGGCAGACGGGGCAGAGCUUCUCACUACUCCCAAGGGCGGUGCGGGCAACGGCCUGGAGGUCAUGCUAGACGUGCAGCAGGACGAGUAUCUGCCUGUAUGGAGGGACAUGGAGGAGACCCCAUUUGAGGUGGGGAUCCGAGUGCAGAUCCACAGCCAGGAGGAGCCGCCCAUCAUCGACCAGCUGGGCUUUGGAGCGGCUCCCGGCUACCAGACUUUUGUGUCCUGCCAGCAGCAGCAACUGAGCUUCCUGCCACCUCCCUGGGGCGACUGCAGCUCUGUAUCUCUGGACCCCGACUUCGAGCCGGAACCCUCUGGUCCCCUGGAUCCCCCCAGCCCCAGCCCAGGCCCCAGCCCUCCCUACAGUCUAAUGGGGUGUCGCCUGGCCUGCGAGACCCGCUACGUGGCUCGGAAGUGUGGCUGCCGAAUGAUGCAUAUGCCUGGCAGCGCGCCAGUGUGCAGCCCCCAGCAGUACAAGGACUGUGCCAACCCGGCGCUCGACGCCAUGCUGCGGAAGGACGCGUGCGCCUGCCCCAACCCGUGCGCCACCACGCGCUACGCCAAGGAGCUCUCCAUGGUGCGGAUCCCGAGCCGCGCCGCCGCCCGCUACCUGGCCCGGAAAUACAACCGCAGCGAGGCCUACAUCGCGGAGAACGUUCUGGUGCUAGACAUCUUCUUUGAGGCCCUCAACUACGAGACGGUGGAUCAGAAGAAGGCCUAUGAAGUGUCAGAGCUGCUCGGCGACAUUGGGGGCCAGAUGGGGCUGUUCAUUGGGGCCAGCCUGCUCACCAUCCUUGAGAUCCUGGACUACCUCUGUGAGGUGUUCCGAGACAGGGUCCUGGGAUACUUCUGGAACCGAAAGGGCUCCCAAAGGCACUCCAGCACCAAUCUGCUCCAGGAAGGGCUGGGCAGCCAUCGAACCCAAGUUCCCCACCUCAGCCUGAGCCCCAGGCCUGCCACCCAUCCCUGUGCCGUCACCAAGACUCUCUCUGCCUCCCACCGCACCUGCUACCUUGUCACACGGCUCUAGACCCAGUGACUGUCUCUCCAGGGCUGCACCCUGACACCUUGGACAUGCCCAGCCUACACGUCUUUGCCAUCUUCACCCCAAAUAAAGUUCUAGUGCAUC